ACCGAUGUUUUAAAGCUAAUAAUAGCUUCUGGAACACUUCACCAACAUCGUCAUCGUCCCAUAAAGGAAAAAAAGAGAAAGUGCCUACUAAAGAUGGCAAUGGGUGGUCAGCGGUCGGUCAAUAA